AUGGCUCACGUCAAUGCUUUUGAUACCAUAACCCUGAUUAACGAGAUAAUAAGAAACAGCAGCGACCCACAAACCCACCAACGUUAUAGUUCAUGCACUAUGGAUUACACCGAUGUGUUACUUGCUCUCAGUCAGGCUAAGGAAUCUUACAGUUCUGGAAAUUACAGCGACAUGAAUUUCAAUGCCGCAGUUGUCACGAAAGAUGUUAAAGAUUGUGACACAAAGGCUUAUGAUUCAUCCCAAGUCAGAAUCAAUAACCAGUAUUUAGCAGAUUUCAUCAUGAUUAUCAUGAUUCUAUCCGAUUUUCUAGCGGGGAAAUAUUAA